AUGUAUGGAAAAAAACCAACAGCACUUACCAACCCAAAUCCAACAUCAGGCAGUGAUUCAAAGCUGGAUAUACUUAGCAAAGAAAAUACAUCGUUAAUGAACAGUAUAAAAAUGGUUGAUGAUGCAAUUGGAAUCGCAUCUGAAUCAAAUGUUAGAAUGACAGAGCAAAUGAACUCAAUUAGCGUUGCAAAUGACAGACUCACAACGAUUAUUCAAGGAAUCCCAUACAUUGGAGAACUUGCUCAAGGAAUUCAAGUCAGAAGGAAAAGAGAUAGGUUAGUCCUCGGAGGGUUAAUUGGGUUUUUGAUGUUCUUCAUUGUUUGGUAUCUUUUUGGCUGA